CUGAGGAUCCAUCAUGGGCCGCUGGACCAGACGACGAUUACGACGCGGCCGCCGCCCGAGGUGAUGGCGCGGGUGUGUGCGGUGCUGGACGAGCUCGGGAUCGAGUUCAAGGCGGAGAGCGAGUUCAAGUACCGGUGCGUGCGCGCGAAGCGGCGGCGCGCGGGCGGGGGUGUCAACGCCAACGGCGUGAAGGAGCCCGUGUACGGCGACCAGCAGCAGGACGCCGGAGACGAAGUGCGCUUCUCGGUGGAGCUGACGCGCAUCGACCGGUUGAAGGACACGUAUUCGAUCGAUAUUCGGCGGUUGAAGGGGAACUUGAGGAGCUACAAGUUCUUGUAUGAUACGCUGCGAGAG